CUGUCUCUCUCACAGGGGGACGAGAAAACAACGCGUCUACCGUGGUGUCGGUACCGAGAAAACUCAUGAGAGAAACCGGCCGGCGGAUACUUUCACAGCCGGACGCGUACGCCUGCUUUUGGUUUCCUUCUUACUUUUUUGUUUACCCCGAGACUUAAAAACGGGUUCGGCUCGGAGCGCGAAGUCUCCGGAAUUUCCUCUCAUCUCGAAGUUCCCAAGAUGAACUUCGAUCCGGUGGUCGGGAACCCUUCUCUGUUGGUGGCGGCGGCGCUCCUCGUCGGGCUGGUGUGUCACGCGGCCGACCCUCCGGCGUCUCAGUGGGCCGGCGACGAACACAAGAACCUCACCCUGCGGCGGCACAGGACGUGUGUGGAGAAUGAGCAGUACCUCCACCAGGAGCUCUGCUGCCUCAACUGCGAGGCCGGGACCUUUGUGCAGAAGGGAUGCGACCGAGACCAGGAGCAAGGCACCUGUCUGCCCUGCGAGCACGGACAGACCUACACGGAGCACUCCAACGGGAUGAACCGCUGUCUGCCGUGCACGCACUGCCGCUCAGACGAGAUCCAAACUGCACCCUGCACCACGACGACAGACACCAGUUGCCAGUGCCAACCGGGUACCUUCUGCAUCCCGGACCAGGCCUGCGAAGUCUGCAAACGCUGUGCCAAGUGUAAAUCCGGGGAGGAGGAGGUGAAGAGCUGCACCCCGUUUUCGAACACGAAGUGUCGCAAGCGGGAUCUGUCCCCGACGGAAACCACCACGGCUCUCCCCACGCCGACCCCGACUUCCCCGGCGGACAUCGUUUCACCCAUCUGCAUUUCCCUCACCAUCAUCAUCCUCGCCUUCCUCGCCAGUCUGGCUCUGUGGUGGUGGUUCAUCUUCAAGCGGCGCUCAUGUGAAAUCCCAUGUUCAAGGAGCCAGUGUGAGGCCAGUGAAAUUGUGAAGAUUCCUAUCGACGAGAGCGGCGACACGGCGGAGGAGAGACAGAAUAAUCAGAACGCCGGUCUGGAGGGCGAGGAGUCCCGCCCGGAGUCCCGCCCCCUGCUGCAGGAGACCGGCUUGACCAAGGCCUCCCCUCCCCUGGAAGACGAGGACCGGGGUCUCGGAGACAGCUUGCCCAACACCACCAGCUCUUCUCAGACCAGCCUGUCGGCCACGCCCACCGCGUCCUCCUCCGAUAACCCCCCGAACACCCCGCAGCAGAGCCCCGCCGCCCUCCGGCUGCCGCCCGCAGACAUGGACGACCCUCUGCAGCAUCGCUUGGUGCCUCUCCAAGGGUCAGAAAGGUCCCUGAAGAAGAGCUUCGAUUUGUUCGACGAGUUCCUGGAUGUGCGGAUCCACAACAAGUUCUUCAGAAUGAUCGGGGUCAGCGACAACCACAUUCGGAUCGCGGAGAACGGCGCCCCCGGCGACAAAGUGUACGAGCUGCUGAAGAACUGGAUGCAGCGGCAGGGACUGAAGGCGGACAUCAACGACCUGCUGGAGGCGCUGCUGAGCAUGGACCAGCGGCGCUCGGCCGAGAGCAUCGCCUCCGCCGCCCUGCUGAGGGGCUACUACAAGCACGCGGACGCGCCCUGAGAGCCGAGGCAGCGGGGGGGGAGUGAAGUAAACACAAAGAACUUAAUGCGAGAACAGUGGGAAGCACGCGGACGUGCCGCGUGUGGACGCCGCGCGUCACGAACGGGCUUACCUCUUUGUGGCCGACGAGCCACGCACUCAAAAAGCCAGUAGUUUAAAAAAAUUAAAAAAACACACAAAAAGGGGGAAAGUCGAGCCGUAUUUAUCAGAGCUCUGAAGAUGUUGACUACUCGCCGAAUGCGAAAAGGCGUAAUACCGAAAAAUGAAGACAGAGACGCGCGGUCGAGUUCCGCAACGACGCCGCCGACAAUGAAAAACGUGUUUUUUUUUCAAUGUUUUUUUUUUUUUAAACGAGAGCAGAUUAACGUGAAGUUGUUCCGCUUCCACAGGCAGACGCGGCCGCAUGUGUUACGCUCUAAUGGAGCAACACGCGUCCAAAUACUGAAAACCUCUCUGGGCGUGUGUGUGAGUGAGUGUGUGUGUUUCUGUGUGUGAGUGUGUCACGCAUCUGGUCCUCUGAUCACACGACCUGGAAACAAGGAUAUACACUGGUUUGUAGGAGUGGCAUUAGCUGUGUCACUCAUACGGUGCACUGACCUCUGGCACAUGUAGGAUUUCAAACUUAAAUCAUGCUAUAUUUUUCCGUUGUUUUAUUGAUUUUCGGUUUCUCUGAAACCAGUUCGUGAACACUUCCCUGACCGACGGUCAGAAGAACACGGCCGGUCAAAUUGCAGCUUUACUAAUCGCAAGCGUUGUUAUUUGAUCACCUAAACUUUAUUUAGCGACCCGGGCGACACGGCGUCCGUGGAGCGUAACGAUUUUAUAUUUGAACAUUCAAAGUCACGUUGGUCUUUUGUCUGUUGUCUGCUCGUGUGGCUCCGCAUACGACGUUUUUAUUUAUCGACAUAUUUAUUAUUAAUGAAUAAUAAUUCACUAUUUAUGCCGUUUUCAGAAAACAAACAAACAAACGAACAAACACGUCUUCUGGAAAACAAAAAUUACUGACGUCCAACUUUUUUCAAAGGGUGCCGUUGACGCUCCGCAGUGCUCUCUCUCUCUCUCCGUUAACCUCUGACCCCGAGCGGAGCCCUCCGGUCCACCCCGGCAGUGCGUCAAUGCGCCGCCAUCUUCCUCUCGGGAGGCGGGGAGGCCUUCGCGAUGCUCGGAUCGGGGUCGGAGAGUAAAAAACGAGAACUGACCCGCUGAGUCCGACCGUCUUCGGUCGGACUCGGACAAGAUGAAGGACGCUUUCUUUUCUUUCUUUGGGGGGGGGUAAAUAUUUUUUAUUCAAGAAAGACAAAAAAAAGAAGCAUAAAUGUAUUUCCCUCAGUCUGUCACGUGUACAUAGGAAGGUCCAGAGAGCACUGAAGCCACACAAUGUGUGUGUGUGUGUGUGUGUAUGCAGCUCUAUUAACAAACCAACAUGAAGAUAGUGCAGCGUGAAGUUAUUACAGUCGAGGUUGUGACGUUUUGUAAACUAGAUUUUUCCCUCUUUUUCCCCUGCAGCAUGUAUAAAGGAAAGAGUUACAGAGAUAUAUAUUAUUGCUGAAGAGCGACGCUACAGUGCUGGCACUGCCAUCUGUUGACAGACAAUGAAAAUACAGCCGGCAUCAAUUUCUAGGGAUCCCAAACACCCCGCUCCCUCUCUCCAUGAACAUUCUCCCUUUUUAACUCCUUUUUUUAAAACAGUUCUCUUGUUUCUUUUGAAGAUUCCUCUCGGCCUUUGAAGUAGCAGCAUGCAUGUUUUGUUCGCUCCGUGGCGCCGUCACGUGUAUGUCCUUUUUUCAACAAAAAAAUAAUGUCCCUGUUUUUACUUUAGCGUAUCUUCUUGCCAAAUCCUAAACUGUUCAAUGAACUCAAAUGAAAAGCGUUCUGUCCAGCGUUGCCGUUAAGCCAUUUCUCCCUCAGUUAUUGUUUGCUUGUCAUGGAUUUCAGAUAUAAAUUAUGCAAAUAAGUCAAAGCUGUUUUUAUGUCAAUUUCAAAUAAAUGUUUUGUACAGAU